UGGCGGCGCGGGUUAGUUGAGAAGCCGAGAGGCCCGAGACAAGACGAAGGUCAAAAGUGGACAAGGGACGUGACUCGAGUCGUGAAUCCCGGUCCGAGCCGGAGGGUAGAGUAUCAUUUUUGUUGCCAUGAAAAGAGCUCAGGUGUAGGCAGUAGCUCCUGUUUCUUAGUCUGGUUUACAGAAUUACAAUUUAAAUUGCCUGUACACUCCACUGAGAUCAGUAACUGUAAUAGAACUCUGUUCAUCAGAGAAGCAAUGGAGUUUUCAGCAGGCAGCGUAUUAGUACUUGUCCUGCUAGGACUCUGCUCCGCUGAGGCCCUGCAGUGGCCGCAACCAUACCGGCGCUAUGCGUCCAGACCGAAAGCACUGCCUUUCUGCAAGGCAGCAUUCCCUUUUUGCCCAACUGGUGACUCAACUGGAAAGAUUCCUGUGAUGGCAGACACAGAUCAAAUUGAGGUUUUGGCUUUAAAAGCCCCUGUCUGGGAAUUCAAGUAUGGUGAUCUUCUUGGAACACUGAAAAUCUUCCACGAUGCGGUUGGUUUUCGUAACUUGCAAACUGGCCAGAACUUCACAACCGAGUGGUAUGAGCUCUUCCAGUUGUUCAACUGUUCAUUUCCUCAUGAAGUGGCUGGUGCACGUGAGCCAGUGUGGUGCAAUCAGGGAGCAGCUUGCUUGUACGUUGGUAUAACUGACAAUCACUGGAAAGCUAAUGGCACGAUAACACUAGUGUCGACCAUCACUGGACAUCAAUUUAACCAGCUAGCCGACUGGAUUCACCAGGACAAUAACACUGGAAUCUACUAUGAGACGUUCCAGGUUGAUGACUCGGAUGGUCCGAGUGCCAAGGUGUGGUUCUGGUCGUAUGACUGUGCCAGUUAUGUCUUGCGCCUGUUCGAUGCCAUGCACACAUUUGGAGCCGUCUUCAACAAAGAUGUUAAGCUGAACUACACCAGAAUGCGAUUGUACUCCAAUGAGCCACAGCUGCUAGGAAACUCGACUGAAAUAUUCGGUGCUGGCUCCAACAAGACGGACACGGCGUCGGACUUGAUGAAGUUCUAUUCCAACUUUACUCCGAUGGCCAAGACGUUGACGUUUGCCGAGCACCUGCUGAAGAUAUUUGAGUAUGUUGUGUUGGAAGAAGUCUUUUAUCUUUACUACAAUAACCAGUACUGGCUCUUACCAAUGAAGUCACCUUUUGCUAAGAUCACCUACACGGAAAUACCCCUGCCGGGUGUCACACCUAACUGAAUACUCCACCAUAGAAACCUUAGCCGCCUGUUCUGAAUCAUAAGUCAAACGGGUACUUGAAUUUGAAGUUCGAUGCGCUGGCAGUAUCUAACCUUCCUCAACAUUUUGCACCAGUCUCUUCACAAUUCCCUUUGCCACCCUUUGGCCAACACGAUUGUGAUAAUCUUUUUGUCUUCUUUUCGUCUAUGUAUUUCUUAUUCUUACUCUUCUAAAUGUUUGAGGGAGUUCAAACGGGAAACAGAAUGUUCAUCUUUUUUAUUAUUUACUUUGUACAUUGCCAACUUUAGUGGUCUGCACAGCUUCGCUCAUUUCGUAUGUGGUUCAAAUUCAAACUAUGGACCUUCAAAGUACAAGUA